AUGGCUCGUAACAUACGUAAUGACGAGACUUCCGAUGAUUUUCUGAGAUGUUGUGUUUGCAAAGAGCAAUAUCGGGAUCGACAGAUUGUGCCGGGUUUUGAGUCUUUAUGCUGGUCGAUGUGUGAGCUCUGUUCAAAAAAACUGGUUGGACCGCGUUAUGAGGACUUUAUAUCACCCAACGACCACAAACCAAAGCACAUUGCUCAGCGCUUUGCUGGUGAACAACAAAGACAGCAAGAUGACAACAAUUACGACGGAGAUAUUGUUGUAGAAAAGGACAGACAGCGAGGUGACACCGAUUCUUAUUCGGAUGUUGUUUAUGAACAAGGGAGUGAAAACAAAUCUGUUAAGGACAUUGUUGGAGAAGAGGAAACACUGCGACGUGAUAAGACGUGCCAUGGUUGUCAAGAAAACCCGCCAACAAACAGGUGUGUAGACUGCGCCAUGGAUUUGUGUAGAACGUGCACCAAAUCUCACAAAAAAGCGCCCGUUAGUCGACAACAUCGUAUUAUGACUGUUGACGAGGCUAAAUUGCCAGCCAAAUUCAUAAUCACCCCCGUACAUGUAUGCACUUCUUAUCACGAAAAUCCAGUUAAGCUUUACUGUGAGGAUUGCCAUGUACCAACCUGUCUUACAUGUAUGACGUCAAAUCACAAAGGUCAUGAAAUUGUGGGUUUGCAGGAGGCUGCUGACGAAUUCUUUAAGCUGAUAGUAAGGCAGCUCAAAAUAUUUAAACCCAUACAAUGUCAAUUGGAAAAAGUAAUACAAAGUACUACGAAACAUUCCAAAGAGUUACCAAAACAACAUUUAGAACGAGAACGAAAGAUAAAGAAACACUCGCAGGAAGCUAUUGAGAAAGUAACUAGGGUAAUAAAACAAAGAGAAACCAGUCUCUUGAAUGAAUUGAAUACUGAAUGUAACAAAUUGAGGGAGCAGAUGAAAAAGCAGAUUCUUAAGCAUAAAUCGAAUAAAGAACGACUGACAAUGUCAUCAACAUUUAUGAGUAAAUUAUUAGAAGAUCGGAAUGCCGCACAUUUGUUAAAUUCGAGUAAAGAAGCAACAAACCACCUUGAAUUAACGAUGUUGCUUGAUACAGCAUGGGAGGACAACGAUAACUCGCUCCCGCCUUUUCAUCCGGGUGUCGUCAAACUGCAAGAAACUCUGGGUACUUUUCACAAGACUGAGGUAGAUCUGGAGUCUCACUCUAAUCAGCAAACUCAAGAUUCACCAGAUGAAGCAAAGACUGAAUCAAAGAAGACCAAUGAAGCGGCAGAGUUGAGCGGACCUCUUGGAGUGUGUAUCGAUACGUGUGGUGAUAUUGUGGUGGCUGAUCAUAAUCACGAAAGAAUUUCGAUUAUAGAUAUGAAGGGUACACUAAAGUCACAGAUACCAUUGAAAGGGUUUGAAAAACCUGCCUGUCCCAUAGAUAUAGCAGUGUCUCUUGAUAAUACAUACUUCGUCACAGAUGAAGGAAAUUGUCAGGUGAUUGUGUGUAAUAAAUAUGGGAAGAUUUUAAAAUGUUUCGGGAGAAAACGCAUUAAGUAUCCAUGUGGAAUUGCUAUUAAUCAUAACACGGGUAUUGUACAUGUAGUGGACAGCAAUGCACAUUGUAUUCACUUGUAUCAAAUAGUCGGUUAUAAGUUUAUAGAGUCGAUUGGUAGUCGGGGUGUUGAGCCAGGCGAGUUGAAAUUUCCGAUGGCCGUAGCUAUCAAUAGUACGGGGUGUCUAAUAGUCUCGGAUAUAGGCUGUGUUCAGGUUCUCUCACCUGAUGGUAAAUUGAUGCAUGUAUUGAGUGGCUGUCCAACAAGGCAGUUUAGGCACAUUUAUGGAGUUGCUACAGAUAUAGGUGAUUUUGUUUAUGUCUGCGAGCCGUGGGAAAACAGGGUGCAGGUGUUCAGCAAAACGGGUGGAUUUGUGACCACCCUUGGUGAACGUGGUGAUUUGUUAAAGCGCCCUCUCGGGAUCACUACUACUGAUGACGGCAAAGUGUUAGUCACUGAUGGCCGAGGUUAUAUUUAUAGCAUUAAUCUUAAUAAUAAUAAUAAAUGA